ACUUAGCUUUGUUGCUAACAAGAUGCUCUGUCUGCUCUGUUUGUGUUGUUGUUUUUAUUAUUUAAUUGUUUUUGUCAUGCGGUUUGACAGGAAGUUGUGAUGGAAACGUGACUAAUGUUUUUAUUUCAUAUAAUGUUUGCUAUGCUAGCUCCUAAUCACUGCCUCUCUACUUAAUUCACUCGUCAUUAUUCACGCUGUUGGUUAUCCCCCUUCACGGGUCGGUUUAACGUUCCUUACAUUAUACUGGUUGUUUACACUGUGCGUGUGAACAAACAGCAUUAUUUUGAAAAAGAGUUAAAGGUAGUCUAUGCGAGAAUUUCCAUCAAAACAAACAAAAAACAGAAUCGGAUCCAUAUCUGCCUAGGAGGUUUCACUUCCUGAUAUUAUUCAGGUUAUUAUACACAUAAAUAUACAUUUAAACAUCACCUUAACUGAAUUGUAAUCAGUGGUGUUAUAACAACCGAUUUAGGAAACAGUAAAAUCCUAAAUUAUGAAGAGAUAACAACAGGGUAGUAAAUUUUAGAAUUUAGCUUAAUAGGUAAAACUGUUUAAUUAAAUCCAUCAAAUUAAGAAAUUAAUUACUUUUCAAUUCUAACAGAUGUUAAGAAAGUUAACAUUUUUCUACUUUUGUAUUUUUCUCUAAUAUCACGUUGGUAAUUUGCAAUUUUUAGAGGUUGCAAGAAGUAUAUACGUGUUUUGUUUUUUCUGCAGCAGUGCCAACCUGUGUAUGAGUUUUUUCCAAUCUGCAGGAACAUAAUUUGGUCAAAACAUUUCAUAGUGGGAAAUAGACCAAUAGCAGAAAUGCAUCCUCACAGAUGCUCUAAAAAUCCUAAACAUAUUGUAUGGUCAUACUCUUGCCCCACAUUCAUGCAUUUUACACGCUAAGUUCUGUCUGACAGUAUGACUUGAGAGAUGAAGUUACAGUAGCUUCAUUCAGAUCAUAAUGUGUGUUUUUCAAUGAUUCCCAAUUGGGUUUUUAGUGCCUUUUUGAUACUGACCUUUGAACAUAGUCAAUAAGCCACGUUUAUCUAAACAAAACUGUUUAUUAUCGUUUAGCCUUCAAUUUUUUUAUGUGUUUGUUCUGGCUUAUUAUGUGGACAUAGUGUGUAACAAACUUGGAAGAAUGACAUUUAAUGCAGUCCCCAUCUUUCACGUCUGAUAUCUGUUUAUAUAAGAAAAAGGCUGUUGCCUUUUUAUUGAUCAGACCUCAUUGCUCUAGUUAAUAGCUUGGUCUUUCUCUAUUUCUUUCUCUCAAAGUCUGUCUCUGUCACCAUUUUCAUGAAAUUUCCUUCAAUAAUAUAGUGUGCGACAGGCAAAAAACAGUUUGUGCUGUUUGACCAUCAUUUUAACCCAGUUUUUACCUCAUUCUUGUCAGAAUAAAAACAAUCAUUUGUGUUAAAUAAAGCCACUUUAUCAUCAGACCAGCCAAUCUCUUGUGUGUUUGUCUGUGAGUUAAACUUAGUUAAACAUGACAGGAAUAAUAGUUGGGGAGGGGAUAACAUGAAGGGAAGAAGUGGCGUGGUCUGUUUGUUGAGCUUUUGUUUGUUUCCCUGCUAGAGAAAUCUAUUUAGGAGCUAUCCUAAAGGAGACUAUCUGAGGUUUGCCACUGGAAAUUAGCUUCAAGUUAAGCCUGGUGUAAAGCUACUGACAUGUAUUCCGUAACGAGAGUUAAAAACGAUUAAUAAAUCUCAGGUGGUUGUAUUGAUCUUUAUUUCUUUAAGGAUGAAAGCUAUGAUCAACCUUCAUCAUUAAGACUUGAUCAUUUGUGUGUGAAAUCGUUCCCUAAUUUAAUCCCAACUAUUUUUACAUGUUGUGUAGGAUGUGUCUAGGUAAGGUUAGAAGUUUUUUUAGUCAGAUAAUAAUAGUUUGUUUGUGUUUGGCUGGUCUGUCUACAGUCCAGAUCUGUCUCCUGUUGAAAGUGCCUGGUGAACAUUCGAAAAGAUUUUUUUUUUUCAUACUGCUAGAACAGAAGUACAAGUAACAACAGGUAAAUGUACAUGUGUGUAUGUUUCACACCCAUUUUUAAUUACUGGCUAAUCAAAAUGAUAUAAUUAUUAAUAUGGAAAGAUGUCAAGAAAUAUGCAAAAGUAUAACUCAAAUUUUAGUUAUUGGUGGAUUUCAUUCAUUACUCAGCAGUUUGACAGUGACGUAAAGGGCACAGCCAAAACUUGGGCUACCAACGCAACCCAGAGAGCUGCAAAAUACUUUCAGUUUUGCACCUUUCGGUUGUAAGGGGCACAGGACUGCAUAGGUUAUUAACUGAAGACACCAGAUAUGUCAUUCAUGACUAGCUCAGUGACAAUGUAGCUUUUGACCACAUGGUGGUGUUAAUGCGUCAGUCAGUUCUUUAACCAGCUCCAAUAUACAGAGAAGAAGAUUUUUUAAACUUAUAAAAUGAAUGCGGACAUCGUGCAGAACUCCUCACCCCAGAGGAUUCAUCAAAUAUGGCUUUUUGAUUUUCAAACUCUAAGUGGAUUCUGUUUGUUAUUGAGUCCAAAUCAGACUGAUAGUGAGGUCACUUAAACCUAUAGAAUGUUAUUGAAUUUUUAAUGGGCCCCAGACCAACUUGUACAAUAAAAAUUCGGCCAUAAGGUCAAAAAGGUUAAGAACCUCUGUAUUAAUGAUAAGUGUAGCCUGCCCAGUAGUACAUUUUCUAAUUUAAUUCAUCCAUUUUCUCACAGCUGCACAGACAUCUGAAGUAACAUCAGUAUUAGUGUAUUUGAUGAGGAUGCCUAUAAAUCUAUCAUCAGUGGGGAAUCAGUUUGUAGCAACCAGGGAGUACACAGAUAGUAAACACGUUAGCAAGUGGCGGCAUUUUAAUGCAUGUUUAGCCCAGUGAUGUCAGUGAAACACACUCAUUCACAGUCUUUGGAUGUGGUGGAGAGCAGGGAUAUAGAGAGGGACGUGGGAAAGACAGACAGCACAGCUGUUUCAUUGAAUCUGGAUGGAAAAGUCAUGAAGCCGGAUCUCUGACUCAUCACUAUUGCCAUGCUGUGGUUUCAUGGCUCAUAGUUAAAGCCAGUUGGCACAUCAUCAGCUGUGUAAGACUGGACGAAGGACAGGGCGGAGUUGGAGUCAGAUAGGACUUCCAGACCACAACCAACCCUUUUUUGCCCGAAGCUUGUUCUGAAGCAAUGACAAUGACACCAGAAAUGUUCACUGUACAACCAGGGAAAACACAAUCUGACAACAAGACAAAGGCCGGAGGGAGUUAUUAGUAAUCAGUCAUCUUUAUCCACAUUAAAUUGACAGUGAUUGAAAAAAGUGCUUUGAAUAUGUUUUUAAUCCUUAAAUAUAGCAAAAAAGUGCUGUUAUGUGGUUAAGAUAUAGAAGAUGUUCUUUAAAAUUCCUUUUAUGGAUAGAAAAAAUAGCUCUGAUAUGAUUGUUUUACCACAAAGUCAAAGGUCAGCCAGGGCCUUUUGAGUCUGCCAUCGGUGUGGGCCCUUGUUCACUGAUGGCAAGCAUACGACUUUUGCCACUAUCUGUGGAACACAUUAUAUGACUUAUCUGUGGAAAAUGUGUUCAAAAAGCAGUGGUAAUGUCAUUGAAACCCACAGAAGGGACUUCAUAUUCAACAGUGCAUUGUUCUAAAAUUACUACUUAAACUAUUCACCACUUCAAUUAAGUUAUCUUUGAUUUUACUACUAGUAAAUAUACUUUGAUGUUCAUGCGUCCACUCCAGGUAUAUCUAAAUGUGACACAAACCAUUUGGUCCAGAUGAAUGAUGUGUAAAUGAAAGCAAGUGGAUGUUGUACCUUGAUUAGUGAGGUAAUAUUCUUCUUUUUUAAUUCUUAACAUGAUGAAAUGGUUUCUGUGAUCUGGUUGCAAAAAGCAGCCAUCUGCUCAUAUGGACAAGACAUGUUUGACAUUUUCGCAAUGGUAAAUUAAUUUUAGUUCCUGAGUAAGUGCUGGUUCCCGCUUGUGGCACCUCACAAAAUUUCUGGUCACAAACAAUAAUGCUGAUAAUAACAAUCACUACAUCAUUGAUCUUUUAGUUUUUUCCCCCAAUUUCUCCCCCUAAAACACAAGUGAUAUUGUAUGAAAUACAAAAGCAGAAGGUGUAAGAGAUGAAUAAAGGAGGUGACGGCUAGAAAAUAAUGGGAAUGACUUUACAGUAUAGUUGCAGAGUGGAGGUUGAAGAAAGCCAUAGUAAAGGAAAAGGAGAAGAAGAAGAAGGAGGUGGUGGUGCAGUGGUCCUGUUUCCUAGGGGAUGGUUUUCACUGAACAUAUAGACAAGGAUAGAUGUUAUCUUUGUCUUCAUUACACUACUGCAGUGUCUGGAUUUACUUUGGUACACUAAAAAUACAAAUGUGUUCUGGCCUGGAUUUUUAAUAGAAAACAGUUGAUGCAGAAAUGAUGAGGAUUAAGUUAGAAUGUGAUUAGGAUUGGAACAGGGGAAAUACCUCAUUCAGUGGAUGUUACUGUAGAUACACUUUUUGCCUGUGCAUUUUAGCUGAUCUGCUCCAAUAGACAGUUAUGAUUCAGUUAAGUGACUCUUCCAUUGGUUGGUGUUUGUAAGGGGGCGGGGCCAUGCCACAAGCUGGUGGGCAGGAAGAGGCUGGCUUUAGGGGUGCAUGGAGGCGGAGAGGUGGGGCUGGAGGGAUUGGCUGGAAGUGUUUUAGCGAGAUAGUUGGAGUAGACACUCUCCUGCUUCCUGCCUGCCUGCCUGCCUUGCCUUGCUUGCUUGCAUGCUUGCUCAGUUUUGUCGGAGAGGGAGAGAGAAAGUGCAAAGAGACGUAGGGAGACAAUCCCUGUCUAGGCAUGGAUCUCUGGUUUCGGCACACGGCAGCUUGUGUGGAAUGACAACACUUCAUACGGUCAUUAACUCCAGUCGCUGAGGGUUGAAAGGGGAGCCGCAGUGUAGAGAAGUGUCACAGAAGCACCAGGUGCCUUCCAUACGUGAGACAACGCAGGCACAGCGGUGGUAAGAAGAAAGGAGGUCUUUGAAAGUAAGUGCCUUGUGAGACAACAACCCAAGUUAAUCGUGGGUGGUUCCUGCAGGCCAUUGGAUUUGCCCACCCCCACUCCCAACACCUGGGGUUGCCCUGGACUGUUCACAGUUUGAAAAACAUUUGAAGGAAUCAACAACAAGAAUCAAGUGCUGAAGAUCUUGCACGUAUGCUCCAUAUGCUGGGAGACACUUGGUGCAAAACCCUUUGAAACAAUAGAAACUCUGUAUUGGUCCAAGGUGGGCCACUGCAACCCAAAAUAGCCCCACUUUUGCUCCCUAACAUCCACCCUUGCACAGCUAUCAUCAGUCAUACAUGAAGGACAUUUUGGGGACAUCAGUGAAUUCAGUGGAGCUUUUUUCCGAGCAUGUGCCCUCUGCCUUGUCAGAGUUCUGCAUUUGAGACGCACUGAUUGAUGACCAACUCCUAGUUUGACCGACGGACUCAACAGUGGCAGUCCCAUGAUCCAGUCACAGAGAUUUUACGAGUUCAUUAUCUUCACUCUCUUGUCCACAAGAACCAAACUUACCUACUGACCAUAAACAGAACAUUUUAGCUACAUGUUCAAUUGGUUUAGGUGCUAUUUUAUUCUAUUUUAAUUUUAUUUUACUGGAACUUUAAAUCCCCACUCCAGCAGGAUAAGUGUCAAUUUAAAAAAGACCAGCGGCUCUACUCAACCCAAGCUGUCCAGCUAGCACCGCUGACAUGGCUCUUAACAUUGCAACAAUAAGGGACACGAAAUGGCUGACACUAGAAGUGUGCCGGCAGUUUCAGAGGGGAACGUGUUCACGCACUGACGAGGAAUGCAAAUUUGCCCACCCGCCUAAAAGCUGUCAGGUGGAGAAUGGGAGAGUGAUUGCCUGUUUUGACUCCUUAAAGGGACGCUGCACGCGUGAAAACUGCAAAUACCUCCACCCACCUGCUCACCUGAAGACCCAGCUUGAGAUCAACGGUCGAAACAACCUGAUCCAGCAGAAGACAGCCGCCGCUAUGUUGGCUCAGCAGAUGCAGUUCAUGAUCCCAGGCACCACCAUGCAACCUGUGCAAGCAUUUCAGGUGGGCCACGGCCUGGGCUCUAGCACUGGUUUAAGCUACACACCCUACCUAACCCCCAUGUCACACAGCAUGGGCCUGAUGCCUGCGGACAUCCUGCCCAGCACACCCGUCAUAGUCCCGGGCAGCCCACCUGUCUCGGUGACCGCUGGCUCUUCUAACAGCCAGAAACUGCUGCGUACGGACAAACUGGAGGUUUGUCGUGAGUUCCAGCGGGGCAAUUGCGCCCGUGGUGAGACUGACUGUCGCUUUGCUCACCCGAGCGACAACCCCAUGAUCGACACCAGCGACAACACCGUCACCGUGUGCAUGGACUACAUCAAGAGCCGCUGCUCCCGUGAGAAGUGCAAGUACUUCCACCCACCGGCCCACCUGCAGGCCAAGAUUAAGGCCACACAACAUCAAGCCAACCAGACAGCUGUGGCAGCGCAAGCCGCCGCCACGGCUGCAGCCAUGACUCAGUCGACUGCCAAAGCAAUGAAGCGACCCCUCGAGGCAACUGUAGACCUGGCGUUCCCACACGGUGUCCUUCAGCCCCUACCAAAGAGACCAGCACUUGAGAAGAGCAACGGUGGCAGCUCCCUGUUCAGCCCCAGUGUUUUGCACUACCAGCAGGCUCUGGCCAAUACACAGUUCCAGCAGCCGGCAUUUUUCCCCACAGGGUCAGUCUUGUGCAUGACUCCUGCUAGCAGUCUUGAUCAUCCUGAAGUGAGCAUCAGAAAGGGAACAGAGUGUCUAGAAGCUGCACUAGGAAACACAAAACCGCCCCUGUGUAAAUACUACCUGACCUCUGCCAUGGAGGUGCAGCAACCUGCAUGCUAAGAGUGUAACACUUCAAUUUAACCAUAAACAAACUGCAGUCAGUAAUGGUGUUAACAAACAAACAACAACACAUAAACACAGAUGUAUACUGUAUGUAUUGCUAGAAACAAAACACUAUUAAGAUUUUUUUAAUUAAAUAUUCUCAUGUAUUGUACACCGUACACUCAUAGCAAACAGAAUAUAGAUGUCAAUUUUAACAACUCUCCCAAAACACCCACAGUUUUCCUCUUGUUCAUUUCAACUCAAAAGUUUAUGUAGAAAAUUGAGACGCUUGAUCUGCAGCGCAUCAGUGUAGAAGCAGGAAAGACAGACAGAGUCAUAGGACACAAAAAAAAUCCCUCUUCACAAUCACAUUGAAGCACUUUGCAGCCAAAAAAUGUGGAAUGUCAGCUGUUAAGAUGACAUGAGAAAACACACACCCAAUGUCUGCCAAUGUCUUCAUCGGUGGAAAAAUCAUCUCGCCAAAGUUAUUGUCACUGGAUUCAAGCAGCCACACAUCAGAGCCACAUCCAAAUGCCUCUGGGUUCUGGGUUUUGCCAUGGCACAAGCUGCUCCCAUUUUGUAUUGAGUUGUAUUUUGUGUUCAGGAGGAGUGAUGAGGUAAAGCUUGCACCUGAAAUUUUGCAUGCAGAGUCCUUACAGAAGUGAAGAUAGGUUAAGGCAGGAGUUUUGAAAAAAGCUUCAAGGCUGUUCAUAUGUAGUAACCUGCGUGCACUUUUGUGCGUAACUAUUAAAAAAAUCAACGACAAACAAACAAAAAACCCACACAUCAGUGUUUACCAGAAAAUAACCUCAUACAUACAACAAUACAAUACAUUAAGUCGCCAUUAAAUCACCUUUAAACCGCUUUGUUAGGGAUCGUCUUUUUUUGUUGUUGUUACGUAAAAGUACAAACAACAACGAAUGUUCCCCUGUUUGACACCACGAUAUUUUGCGAUUAGCGUGGAGAUUAGCUGUCCUCCUCUUUGUUGUUUUGACGAGUCUCACCAUUAGAUGUCGCAAAUUCUUUUGAUAUAAAGUUACAAAUCAGACAUUUUUGCAAUCAUCACAGACACAUUUUAUCAGGAGCGUCCCAGCAAAACCUUGCUUUGUUUGCUUGCUUUGCGAACACAUCAAGCCCAGGUCCGUCUAAUUCUUCUUUCAUAGUCUUCUUUCCUUUAAGUGAGGUCGAACUGGGAUUUUGUUCACUUAGAGAUUAGCUUUAUCAACGUAGCUUUUGGAUGCUACAUCUGAGCAGCCUACCAACAGCUUGGUUUUUGCCAAGGCCUUAUCAAUGAGAGCUUUUUGGUUUUCAUACCAAGAGGAAAAAGCCUUGUGUGAAUGUAUGCACGUGUUCGUGUGUUUUUUACGGAUCUGGAGGCUGAAGGUCUGCCGGCAGACUGAAACUCUUUAGUGAGGUCUAUGACAACACCAGGUCUGGGAGGAGAGGCUGAAGGAUCUAAGUGCUAAACAAAAUUUAAAAAGGUGCAUUUGACGAAGGAUCGUCAUGAAACUAAAAACGAAGACUUGAACUUGGACUGGAGGGCUAUCUGUGACCGUGGUUGUCCUGUCCAACCCUUCUAUCACCGAUAAUCCUGUUCCAUUUUUAGAUGAAAAAGAAAACUGUAGAAGUGCCUAAAUAAUAUAAUAGGACACAAUCAUCUCUCUCACACACAUACACACACACACACACACACACACCUCAUGUCGCUGUCAGAUGGUGGACUCUUUGAGAAGGACAGUGGAUUUCGGGAAUUACUACUGGAGAAUUGUUUUUCCCAGUAGUUGCUUAGUAAUAUCUUCAUCGAGGACUUUAUUAGAAACAAAAAAAAAAAAAAACUAAGAAAAAGGACAGAGAACAAAUCAGAAACUAGCUUUGUAGAAUGUUCUGGUGACCCUCAUUGUUCUUACCAGGGUUUGAGUUGUUUACAUGAGGAACCUGAGUUUGGAAGAAAAACUAAAACCUGUAAACGGUGUGUGUAAAGAGUUUAUAUUCAUAGAGUUUUUAGAGAUGUUUUCAGAGUUAUUUCAAAAAUUCUGUUCUGUUUUUUCUCUUGAAUUUGUCAGAAGAGCCCACCUCCACCCAUCCCACCAUAAUCAUCUUUCAUUUAUCAGUUCCAACAUCUAUAUCCCAGGGUGUGUUGGCAUUUGCUGUGGACCGAGACAGUCGAGCAAUGUCUAUUGUCUUUAUUGUUUUUAAGAAAUUAAAUUUCUCUAAGUAUGUUUUCAGGAUCAUCUCCAACUCUAAUUUCUACUGAGUGACUUCCACUCACACUAAACCUUAGCAGCAUCAACUUCUUCUCAGUCCGAAACUGAUUCAAAACCCUUAAAUAAUCAACUCAUCCUCGACCUGAAUUUUUCUUCAAAGGCUUGGAAUUGGGCGACAUAACACAGUGACUUAAUAAAUAAUCAUUGUCCCCGCGGCAUCAUCACAGGCUAGGAUCUUAAAACUGGACCUGUAACUAUACUUCACCAUGGUUGAAGCAAAUCAAACCAUUGAAGGAGACAUUUUCAGCUCUGGUCCCAUCCACACCACAAAUGUAGACACACCCUAAAAUCUGAUUUAUUGUUUUUUAUUCUCAUCUAACCACAUGGUGCUCUAAUAACAUCCGAUAAUCCACUGUCAGACCUUUUUUUAUUGCACCACCCUCUGGUUUUACACUGCAUUUGUUUGGAUUUGUUUACCAUAUUCAUGGCAGGUGGUUUAAAAGAAAAAAAAAGACAAAUUUUACACUUUUGUUGUAAUUUAUCUUGCGUUACUUAAAGUUUUAGUCAGAGACAAUGUUGUAAAUUCUAUCUUAAAAUGAAUGUAAUUUAUUGAACUGUGCUUCGUUCUGCACGGUUUUGGUCAUUUCAAGGUCUAACCUGUCAGGUCAGCAGAUGAAUGAGUGAAAGAAUAGAUGAGUGAAUGAAUAAAUUAGUGAGCAGCCUGGUUAGAAAGCUGUACGUCUUGCCCUUUCGUCUAUAAGAGGAAGAAAAUGGAGGACAAGUAGAUGGCGCUGGUGUUGCAGUAAUUAGCAUUACUGUAGAGUUGCCUGUGUUGUUGGAAUUUUAAAGAAAAAAAUAGAUGUUUAUUGUACAGAAGACAUUUUACCAAAAAAAAAAGAAGAAGAAGAGAUGACAUUUUCCAAAAUAAGAUGUACUUUUCACUCUAGUCAAAUAGUAUUUGGUAACAAUGUUACAUUGUUGCGUUGACUAAAGUUGGGUAUUUUUGUAAAUGACAUGGUUCAGUUGAUUUUUACUUUGUUUCUUUGUGUUACUAUUAUCAUUAUUAUUGUUAUUAUUUUGCUAGAACGACUAAACACAGAGGAGUUCUGGGAAAACAUUUCUUAUUCCCCGCCACAAGGACCUGAUAUUUUCAUUAGUUAACCACAGCCUCUGUAGAGCUGUGACUGUGACACGUACAUAGAUUUAAACUCAAUGUUACACAUAGAUUAUAUAUAUAUAUAUAUAUAUGAUUAUAUAUGUAAAGAAUUUAAAUAUCUAUAAAUUAAUAAGACCUUAAGUUGACCUGUACAGCUCCUCCCCUGACGAUGAGCCUUUAGGUUCCACUUUUAGACAAUUUCAUUCUUUACGUAUCGCUAGAAUUAGGGAAUUGCACUUUUCGUAUUGUGUUGAAGUUGAUUUUGUUUUGUUUCUGGUUUUGAAAACGUGUUUAUUAGUCACAUUGAAAAACCACAGAAUUUUACCAUGUUGCAUGAAAAUUAAGACAUUUUCCUUUUCUCUUCCAACCACAUAACCAACUGAAUGUUUCUGCACACGUCCUAUGAUGCUUUAGUGCACAGAAUCAACCUCAGUGCUUUUAGUAAUGUGGCAGCAAUGACUGACUGAUGGCCUCAACAGUUCGUCGACAGAGCAAGAGCAGAUUCCAAACUAUUUGCCUUAUCAUAAGUCCAUUGUGCUUAAAGGGAUAGUUCAUAGAGGUUUUUGUGUCUCUGUGUGUUUGGAUAUCUGAAGAUACUGCCACCUAGAUGGGACUCGUUAACAACAACAUCCUGACUGGAAACCUAAUAGAGCCCGAUGUCACCAAAACCAAAGGCACCAAAAUUAGUGAAAUUGGUAACAUAACAUUUUUGAUCAAGCUUUACUGGCUCUAGUAGGUUGAUCUGUGUAUAAGAUUUUGGAAAAAUUCUUCAUUUCAAUUUAACCUCCUUGACAUAAUGUUACCAAAUGACACAACAGUAGAUCAGCAGACCCUGGUUUUCCAUGAGUUUAAAAUACUAAUAUCACCAGGAGACUGGCGCCACCACUGGCCAUCUGGGGCUGGCUCCUAUAAUCACACAUCUAAAACUCUUAGUCGUAAUAGGUUUUUAGAAGAUGUUUUGGAGUUUGUUGCUCGGGUUUUCCUGUCAUCAGUCUGGUUUUAUGUCUGAGUUGUAUAAUUAUUAUCUUAAAAAAAGAUAUAUUUUAAGGCGUAGUUGUUGUUUUAAUAAAUCAGCAACCUGCUGUAAAACAGUGUAAUUUUGCUCUAUGAUUAAAAGAGAGCAGAUGACUAAUGUUUUUGCUAAAGUUAAAAUAUUUCACAUCCCCUGUGUCACUUGUCAUUACUCAUUAAACUUCACACCUAAUUUUUUUUUAGUACCUACAACGUAAAUGCAUUAUUGUUGUAAAAGUUUUUGAGGUGACUUAAAUCUGUACACCUGUGCAGGUGUGUUGGUAUGUAACGAAGAUAUUUGGAACCAGUGUCUUUUCACUGGCACAAUCACACAUCAAAAAAAACAAAACAAAAAAACAACUGAACUAUCUCUUUAAGACUUUAAAAGCUCUUAAAAUGUGUAUUUCACAUACUUGAACUGAUGUUUGUUUCCUCAGUUUGUUUAUCAUUUAUAGCUAAAAUUAUUUAUUCGUCGGAACAGUAUCAGGACAAAACUGCAUCAAAAUGAACAGUCGACCAUCGUCAGCUAAAACUCUCCGGACUCUGCAGUGAAAAUCCAGUCGCCCCUCACCGGCAUUGUGUAUGUAAUCGGCUGUGUGUAGUUCAAGGCUUGGUCCAGCAGAUGGCACUACAGUUGAUGGAGUUUGACUGUCCGUUACCAACACAUUCAAAGAAUAUUUGACGAAAAAAGACCCUUGUUAAGAUUUAUACCUUUAAUGUAAUCAAUUCUAAAUGUUGUUGUAUUUUUUUUUUUGUUGUUUUUGCAUAUAUUUUGUGGUAUGUUACGUUUCUAUAGUCCAACGUUUCUUUGGUUCCAGAAAGAUAGUGUAAAAUUUAUUGAAAGAUAAAUAAAGAAAAUUAAAUUAA